GUACACCCAUCCCCUUUUAAGAGCUCAAACCCCUCGUGGAACCCUACUGCGCCGCUUCCUCCUCGCGAUUUCGCCUCUCGCCGCCGCCGCCGCCACGGCCAAAGCUCGAGUCACUCCCACGAGGUAAGGUCAUUAUGGUUAGAGUCAGUGUUCUCAAUGAUGCUCUGAAGAGCAUGUACAAUGCUGAGAAGCGUGGGAAGCGGCAAGUCAUGAUUAGGCCAUCAUCCAAGGUCAUUAUCAAGUUUCUUAUGGUCAUGCAGAAGCAUGGCUACAUUGGCGAGUUUGAGUAUGUGGAUGAUCACAGGGCAGGAAAAAUUGUGGUUGAACUGAAUGGUAGACUGAACAAGUGUGGUGUCAUCAGUCCUCGCUUUGAUGUUGGAGUGAAGGAAAUUGAGGGAUGGACGGCCAGGCUACUUCCAUCUCGUCAGUUUGGUUACAUAGUGCUGACAACAUCUGCUGGCAUCAUGGACCAUGAGGAAGCCAGGCGGAAGAAUGUUGGUGGCAAAGUUCUCGGCUUCUUCUACUAAGAAGGAAAUUUUGCAAGGAACAUCAGUUUUUUUGUCUGAAUAGCUGGAGACAUGGAACUUAUGAAGAAUCAUCAUGUUUGCUAUAUUGUUUUGGCUUUUGUGCUAUGUGAGGGUAGUUGAAGGCUCGCUUGUUAGACACCAAACUGAGCACAACUUAUAUAGUUGGCAGUUGUGUUUUAAUCGAAUUAAAGCUUUGAUAUGCUCUUUCGAGUCGUGGUAAUUCUUAUGCGCGUGUUCCCAA